AUGGUUUCUAGUGAUGUCGUAGAUCCUAAGAAUGGGAAUUCCAUGGCUCUUGAUAAUUUGGGCGAGGCUAUAAAGGGUAGAGACCCCAAUGAAGCCGUGAGUAACCCUAGGGAUCCAUCAAGUGGUCAAGCAUCUACUCAAGCUCAAAAGCCAAGAAAGGGUCCAAUUUGUGUGCCUCCUCUAGAUAUGACGGAUUGUGAGAUUCCAUUGCCUUAUCCUCAAGUGAAGCGAAAGCAAGAGUUAAAGAAGAAGCAAGAAGCACAAACGAAAGAGUUCAUUGAGUUGUUCAAGAAAGUCAACAUCAAUAUCCCUUUGUUGGAAGCCAUAAAGCAAGUGCCUUCUUAUGCUAAGUUUUUAAAGGAUGUGUGCACAAACAAAAGAGCAUUUAAGGAGCAUGAGCAAGUUUGUCUAAGUGAGAGUGUAUCGGCUAUUCUUCAAGAAAAAUUGCCUCCUAAACUUAAAGAUCCCUGUAGUUUCACCAUGCCAUGCACUAUUGGGUCAAGAUUCUUUGACAAGGCGAUGUUGGACUUAGGAGCAAGUAUUAAUUUGAUGCCAUAUGAUAUUUAUCGAACACUUGGUCUUGAUGAUCUUAAGCCUUAA